UUUACAAAAAUACCUCAUAUGUUUUUGGGUUAUGUUGCCCAAGUGAAAGCAAUUUGUUUUUAUUUUGUUGGUUAUUUUAUUUGUUUAAUUUAUUAUUAUUAUUAUUAUUUUUAUUUUAUAAGUUGCCUGAUCAAACAUGUUAGUGCCCAUCAAAACAAAAUUCAUAGCAGAACAUCGUCGAUACCAUGCUAACAAACAAAGUAUAUCUAAUUUUGACAAUUUUUAUGAAUUCGUUGAGAAAAACCAUCAUUUAAACAACAUUCCUUUCUCCAUAUUUUACAUUGAUCCAAACCAAGGAGAUGAAUUGCCUAUCAACAAUAACGACAAUCUGGGUCGAGCAAUUGAAGUUACAUUAGCCUCACCAACAAAACCGUGUCUCCGAUUGAUCCUUCAAAGAAAGGAUAAACCUCUGGAGAAGGAGUACUCUUUUAAAAAGAAAAACUAUUUCCUUAAUGAAUUCAAUCCUUUAAAUUAUUCCUCAUCUCAUAGACGUCCACAAAUUGGAUUACCUCAAGAUUUCAGAGAGGUAUCAUCCAUUAUUGAUGUCGAUAUUGUACAUCCAACGUGUCGACGAGUUCGCCUUAUCAAACACAGCUCGGAUAAACCAUUAGGUUUCUAUAUUCGUGAUGGGGACAGCAUUCGAUUGUUACCUAAUUCUAUUGAAAGAGUUCCUGGUGUUUUUAUUUCACGCCUUGUGCCUGGAGGAAUUGCUGAAUCAACUGGUCUUCUGUCUAUAAACGAUGAAAUUCUUGAAGUAAAUGGAAUUGAAGUGACAGGUAAAACACUGGAUCAAGUUACAGACAUGAUGAUUGCCAAUUCUUCUAAUCUUAUUAUAACUAUCCGUCCAGCAGUACAGGGUAAUCUUUCGGGGCCUUUAAAUUCAUCUUUACCUUCCAUUUCUGAUGAUGAAGACAAUGAAAUUCAUGAUAAUUCAUACUUUUCAUCUUAAUCAAGAAUCAAACUAUCAAUCAAUCAAUCAAUCAAACCUAAUCAAUGCAAAUAAUAAAACUAGUUCUUGACAUGUUUUUCAGUGUUAAGUGAAUAAAUUUAUAAACAUUGCAAAUGUAUCUACUUUAUAUCAAUUUUAAUGAAAGCGUAUUUUUGUCAGAACAAAUCUACCAGACAUAACUUCAAA